GUGGAGUUGCGAUGCUGGGGCUGCAGGAGUCUAUUAUUCUGAAGCGCCAGCUGCCGGUCAUCAGAGAGGAUGUCACCAGGGAGGCAGCUUUCUGUCCAGCAGGGGGCGUGGUCUGUGCACCUGCCAGGUGCCAUCCCCCAGCAGGGAGUGCUGGAACUGUUCCUGCCACAGUGAAUGGCUUAGCAGGUGCCGACUGAAAGGAGCAUUUGAAAGCUCCCGGGAGAGUAGUUCACAAAAUAUGUCUGGGACCCUCGGCAACAUGCCGGAACUUUAAGGUUGAAUGACAAGAAAGCCAGAGCCAAGGAGCGAACGUGCGGGAGUGGCUGUGGCCCCAGGGCCCCGGGGCCUGGCUAAGAUGGGGAAAUACUUGCCCUCUGCCCACCCCUGAGGGGAGCACAGGAAGGCAAAGCCCGGGCUUGUUACUUUCCACCCCCAGCAACCAGGCAGCGGCUCUACUCACAGAGAGGCAGGUGUGGCUCCAGCCCCACCCUGCUGUCCACGUGGAUGAAGUGAAAGAAGGAAGUUCGUGUGUUUCUGAGCUUCCACCGCGCUGUGCUGCACACCUGCCCAGGGACCUGCGCAGCUGCAGGAGGUGGCAGAAGCCCCGCUUCCUCGGGGCCAGGGAAUGAGGCUCUCAGUCAGCACCUGGGGGGUGUCCUGAGGGCCCAAAGCCCCUUUAGGGAGCACAGAAAAGGCCCGCCCUUCUCCAGGAGGAUGAAAGUGCCGGAGGCCCCCUCCACAUUCAUGAAGAUGGCAGCCUUUUACCAGUGCAUCAGGCCUGAGCCCAGCGAUCUGGACAUGAUUUCCACAAGGGUGAUGGACAUUAAGCUUCGGGAGGCUGCCGAAGGCCUCGGAGAGGAUGGCACAGGAAAGAAAAAGUCCAAAUUCAAAACGUUUAAGAAGUUCUUCGGGAAGAAGAAGAGGAAGGAAUCGCCUUCUUCCACAGGAAGCAGCACCUGGAAACAAAGUCAGGUGAAGAACGAGGUCAUUGCCGUAGAGUCAGGGCCAGCCGGCUGCGACUCAGAGGAUGAGCUGGAGGAGUCAAGGGGUGCGCUGGGCAGCCGGGCCCUCUCGCACGACAGUAUUUUCAUUCCUGAGUCGGGACAAGACCCUACUCGGCCUGUGAGGGUUUUUUCCCAAGAAAACGUGUGUGACCGGAUUAAAGCUCUGCAGUUAAAAAUACAGUGUAAUGUGAAAAUGGGGCCACCACCUCCUCCGGGGAGCCUUCCAGCCAAGCGGGGAGAGGAUGCCGGCAUGAGCUCUGAGGACGACGGUCUGCCCAGGAGCCCCCCCGAGAUGUCCCUGCUGCAUGACCUGGGUCCUGGCACCACCAUAAAGGUCUGUGUGGUAUCCUCGUCCCGGCCGCAGUCUCCUGAGCCGCUCUUCUCCAGGCAGGAGAGCGAUGCCUCCAUCUCCCCCAGGACCUCGGACAGCAGCGUGGCACCCGUGGCUGAUUUUGAUUAUCCCCCAGAAUUCUCCUCCUGCCUGGACAACUCUGCAGCCAAGCACAAGCUCCUGGUCAAGCCCCGCAACCAGCGGUCAAGCAAAAUGCGGCGUCUGUCCUCGAGAGCACAGUCUGAAUCCCUGAGCGAUCUGACGUGCACCCCAGAGGAGGAGGAAGACGAUGAGAAACCGCUACCCAAAGCCAGCACGGAGGAGAAGUCUAGUUCUGGGCAGCAGGAGGGGGCACCGGAGAGAGGCCCCGAACCCGAGGAGCCGGCCACGAUGCUGCCACCAGCGGGGCCCCGGGCGCGGCGGGGGCGGCUGCAGCACUGCGCAGCGCUCACCGCCAGCACCGAGGAGGAAAGCCCCCCGGGGGACAACCCCUCCAGCCGCCCAGCCACCCCAGAGGUCAUAGAGCCCGUGUCAGGCCCAGCUCCCCGCGCAGAGUCCCCGGCUCUGCCGGAAGGCUCCCCGAGCCCUAAUCCGGACAGUGAAAACCAGAGAGAGGAGCCGUCCCUGGAAAACAAGGGUCUCCCCGACGGGGACACAGUGGACGAGGUUGUUCGUGCUUCUGGAGAGGCUGAGGGUCGAUUAUCUCCCUGCGUCCCAGAGGAGGACCCGACCCUUCCGGACACAGGCACCGCCGCCACACCCGAGACGCCCUCUGGUCCAGGAGACCCCUCGGGCCUGCAGGACGGCCUGCGGCCGAGUCUGGAUGUAGCGAGUCCAGAGGGCCCAGGGCCAGAAGCCCCCGCCCCCAGCCCUCCGGUCCCCAAGAGCUGCUUGAAGCACAAGGCCUCGGCCGUGACCGUGAACGUGAGCCUCGGCGCGGCCCCCUCACCGCCCACCGCGCAGCCGGCUCCUGAGGAGCCUGCACCCCAGGCCCCGGACCGGGAGGCCGCCCCUGCGGAGCCCUCCAGGUCCGAGCUGGCGAAGUCCCCCGCGGCGGCCCCAGAGGCGACGGCGCCGGAGCGGAGGGUGGAGAGAGGAGGCCGCGAGGCGCGGGCGGCCAAGAAGUUCUCGGUGUCGUCGGGCCGGGAGUGGCCGCGAGCUGGGGGCCGCCUGCUCGAGCCCCGCGGCCCUGCUGUCCGGCUGCCGCUUCUGAGAAGCGGCCCGGCCUGGAAGAGCGAGGCCGCCCUCGACGACCUCCCGGCGGCCCCCGAGCCCCAGAGCGCGAAGCCCGGCCCUCGGAAGCCGACCGCCCCGGCCGAGCGCGGUUCUCCCGACUCGGCGGCCCGGGCGGCCACCGCGGACUCCAGCCAGGCGGCCCGUGAGCGGCCGGCGGGCGGGGACGGAAGCCCCUUCCCGGUCAAGCUCCGCUCCACGUCGCUGUCCUUCAAACACAGAGAAGCGCCCUGCCCGGAAGGGAGAGGGAUCAAGAGGUACAGCGCCGAGGUCAGGUUCGAGAGGGGAGGGCUGACCCUGCUCUCCAGGGACGACAAGUGUCCGCUGGGGACCGGCCCCGCCGCCCGAGGCGCCAAGUCCCCCAACGAGCCCGGGAAGGCCAAGGCCCGGUCCGCCGAGCAACUCAGCUCCAAACCGCCCCUUCCCAGAAAGCCGCUGCUGCAGACCCUCACCCUUCCGCAGUCGCCCACGCCCCCAGACCCCAGCCUCGGGGACCCUGAGAAGCUGGGACCUCCCGCCGACCCCAGGAAGGAGAGCCAGGCAGCGGAGAGAAAAUCGCCCCACAGGGCAGCUGAGAAGGCAGCAGGGCCUGGAGCCGACAGCCAGCCCGCGCCUCCCUGGGUCACCACGGGGCGGCAGAAGCGGCGAGGGGCCUCGGAGCAGACACCUAGCCAGGAGGACAAGCCUGGGGUGCGGACCUUGAAGUCUGAACCGGGAAGGCCAGCCAGGACACCAGAGAGAGCCCAGGACUCCGUGAGGCAGGCCGACUUCGUCCGCAGCAAAUCUUUCCUGAUGGCCCCUGCCAAGCCCCUUGGGGACCAGAGGCAAGGGACAAAGCUCCGCCUCCAGGAGGGGCUGCAAAGAGGGAUCUCCUUGUCCCAUCAGAACUUGGCCCAGUCGGCAGUGAUGAUGGAGAAAGAGUUGCAUCAGCUGAAGAGAGCCAGUUAUGCCAGCACAGACCAGCCAUCCUGGAUGGAACUUGCCAGAAAGAAAUCUCAAGCCUGGAGCGACAUGCCCCAAAUUAUAAAAUAGGUAGACCACGUGCUGUUAAAGAAUGGCCACUACCUUGACAGGUCACUUCAUUUAAAACUGCCACUAACUCAAGGCAAACAAACUGUGAAACUGAAGAGUGAUUUUUAUCAUCAGGUUAUGGGAGAGCGAGCUCAGGGAGGAGGAAGAAACCAGGCAAACAAGCUGGACAGACUCGUGGCCACAGGCCGGGGCCAGAGGUGCCCCAAGACAAGAACGCCAUUGAACGGGGCCAGGAACAAGGUUCUGUGCCCAGAGGUAUGAAUGUGUCUUUCAGAAUCCCCUUGAUAAAGAGGGUACCGUCAGGGAAGCAGAUGCAAAUGGAACUCGGAUACAGAACUUGGAAGCCGGGCAGGAGAAGGUAUGUCUGUGCCUCCACCUGAGAUGAGCUUGCGUCUCUGGCCGUUGUCCUGCCUUUGGAACCCGCCCUCUCCCUUCAUGUUUACUGUUAGGCAUGACGUUCAUGGUAAAACAGGGAUGCCGUUUCCAAGAGCAGCUAUAAGACGGUCAGUUUUCCUGAAGGUAGCCCCUCUAAGAAGGAGUGGAAGGAACACAGCAGCGUUCGUCAGUUCAGAGACUGUGUCCAAAAACAAUUUUUAAAAUUUUCCACUCGGCGUCUGUGUCCUUCACUGUUGCACAAUGCAUUGCCUGUUCAAUAAAAGGUUUCAAACAUG